GUGAUUAAGUGCAAGGCAGCUGUUGCCUGGGAACCAGGAAAGCCUCUUUCCAUCGAAGAGGUGGAGGUAGCCCCACCUAAGGCCCAUGAAGUUCGCAUUAAGAUCGUUGCAACAGCUGUGUGUCACACCGACGCCUACACCCUCAGCGGCAGCGACCCUGAGGGACUUUUCCCCGUCAUCCUGGGACACGAAGGGGCUGGGACAGUCGAGAGCGUGGGUGAAGGUGUCACUAAGUUCAAGCCAGGUGAUGCUGUCAUCCCUUUGUAUGUGCCUCAGUGUGGUGAAUGCAAAUUCUGCAAAAACCCCAAGACCAACCUCUGCCAGAAGAUUAGAGUAACUCAGGGUCAGGGCCUGCUCCCUGACAAGACUUCACGCUUCACUUGCAAGGGGAAGCAAGUGUUUCACUUCAUGGGGACCAGCACGUUCUCAGAGUACACGGUGGUGGCUGACAUCUCGCUGGCAAAGGUUAAUGACGAAGCUCCGCUGGAGAAGGUGUGCCUGCUUGGCUGUGGUGUGUCUACAGGUUACGGUGCUGCGCUCAACACGGCCAAGGUGGAGCCUGGUUCUACGUGUGCUGUGUUCGGACUCGGAGCCGUUGGCCUGGCAGUCGUGAUGGGCUGCAAGGCUGCUGGAGCAACCAGGAUCAUUGGUGUGGACAUCAACCCUGACAAGUUUGAGAAGGCCGAGGAGUUUGGAGCUACUGAAUUUGUGAACCCAAAGGACCACAACAAGCCCAUCCAGGAGGUUCUGGUGGAGAUGACUGAUGGGGGCGUGGACUACUCCUUUGAGUGCAUUGGAAACGUGCAAAUCAUGAGAGCUGCACUGGAGGCCUGCCAUAAAGGCUGGGGGGAAAGUGUCAUCAUUGGUGUUGCUGGUGCGGGGCAGGAGAUCUCCACCAGACCCUUCCAGUUGGUGACGGGGCGAGUGUGGAGAGGCACCGCUUUUGGAGGCUGGAAGAGUGUGGAGAGCGUUCCUAAACUGGUGGAAGACUACAUGAAGAAGAAGCUGAAGGUGGAUGAGUUUGUGAGCCACACGCUCCCCUUUGAGAAGAUCAACGAGGCGUUUGACCUCAUGCACGCUGGGAAGAGCAUCCGCGCCGUGCUCACGUUCUGAAGUGCCUAAAACAUCCGUCGCAUCGGGCCUCAGCCGUUUCCCUCCGUACACCCAGCUCUGAUUUUGAUAGAUCAAUUUUCAGUGUUUAGAACAAAUGUUGACACCAACAGUUUAAAUGAACUAAUAAAAAAACAUCUGCUGUU